UCUUGUUACAUGAAAAGACCUCAGCGGCGUUUUAUUUUUUUUUCUCCUCGUCUCAUAUGUUUUUUUCGGGUUUUAUACAGGAAAUUCCACAGUAGAAAGAGCAUUUUUUCUUCUGCAAACCGAGUGUCUUAUGUUAGAUAUUCAUAUUUCAUAUAUUACGGGUUUUAUUUUAUGUUUUAUUUUGCUUCCAGACGUCGACCCACGUCAAGCCUGAGAGAGAUGGAGAGCGAGACAGGCACCCAGACCAGCUCUCCUUCAGUCAGUCCGACACCUCCAGAACUGACCAGCGCUUUCGAUCACGCUUCCCGCUUUGGCACAGUCAUCCCAAACCGCAUCUUUGUAGGAGGGAUUGACGUCAAAACUAACGAGAAUGAUCUCAGGCGGUUUUUCUCUCAGUAUGGAACAAUUAAGGAAGUGAAGAUUGUUAUUGAUCGUGCUGGAGUGUCAAAGGGGUAUGGCUUUGUCACCUUUGAGACUCCAGAGGAUGCACAGAAAAUUCUGCAUGAUGCAAGUGCUGAUAGGUUGUGUUUUCGAGAUAAGAGGCUGAACAUCGGACAGGCCAUUCGGAAGCAGCAAGUGGCCAUGCACUCAGGCGGUUACACUGUGGCAAGUCCCAGCCCUCCUCUGGCUCUCCCAGCACCGUUUGGCACCAUGUACCUGACCACACCCACUGGAUAUCCGUACACCUACCACAACGGAGUGGCCUACUUCCACAACCCAGAGCCGAAUACACACCCAUCACACUGGCCUGCUAGUCAUUUAUACCCCGGAUCUCCGGUCAUGGUGGCUCACUCUGCUCCUCCAUUUUAUACUCCACAAGCCUGCCACCAGCACCAGGGUCCUUCUCAGUGUGUGAAUGGACACGUGCCGUGGGCUUUUCCUCAGGUAGAGUCCUCUGUCCCUUCAAACCCGAGUCCUUUGCUAUAUGUUCAGCCUGCUGAGUUGAUGUAUCACCCAGUGGAGCCGAUUGAGAACGGGUGUGUUCAGUCAGCCGUGCCUCUGAUGGAAGCUGGUGUUCCUGAGGCAUAUAUGGAUCACAUUGUGCAGCCACCAUAUCAGAUUUGUUUGCAGAGUCCACUGAUUCUGCCUCAGGGUGAUGGAGUGAAGGAGCAAAAGUUCCAGCCAGUGAGACGAGGUUUCUCUCACUCUGCUGUCCACCUGAGACCCAGGUACAGCCGCAGCCCCCAUUACACACACCUGCGUAAAGACUACCGGCCCGAUCUUCACACCUCGCCUCCUCCUGCAUCCUCACCUGCACAGGAUGCGCUGAAAUAGAAGGGUUUGGUCUGCUUCCUCACCUCACAGCUCAAUACACACCUGUCAAGCCAGCUAACUGUAACACAAACACACUCGACCAGACGUAAAUGCCAACCAUCAUCAGAACUAAACCUAACCUAGCUGCCUAAAAAAAAGGGCCUACGCAUAAUCAGCUCCUAAUAAAUCUCAAGAUGUCUCUGCUGAAACAGAAUACAUAUACUUAUAAUAAGCUUUAAACUAAACCUAAAUACUGAAAAGCCUAAAAACAGAAAAAAAAUCGACCAAGCCAACAAACACACUGUCUUAUCUACACAACGCAAGCGUACAUAAAAUCUACUCCUGCGUCUGAAGACAUAUUUUACAAAACAUUCAAAAUAAUAUUAAAGUAAUAAUACAAAACAUACAAUCUGUGCAUUGUAAAGAACAGAAGCUUUAUUUUGAAAAUGCAAUUAAACUUGUUUAUACCAUCCUAUUACCAGAUCUAAAUCUAAACUUCAUGUUUAUAGUCUAAACAAAUAUAAAUGUGUGUAAAUCAGGUUUACGGACCAUUUACGUCUGCCAAGACCACACACAAGAUAUUCACACGAACUGAAACAAGCUUCAACCUGAAACUACUUACCACAAAGUCAAAACACUUAUUUAUGUCGAGACAAACACAAACCUCUCUCUCUCUCUCUCUCUCUCUCUCUCUCUGCCAGUGAUCUCAGCUCUCAUUAGGACUUAACUGCAGUGAACUAAACUAACUAAACAUAACAAAGUGAAAAAGAGCCAGUGGAAAUAACCCUUUACAUGGUCUUAGCCUGUUUACAUUAACAUGAAGACUUUGAUCAGUGAGCAUCCGAUUAUUGCUCCAAUGUCUUUUUGUUCCCCUCUUAGAUCUCGGAUGAAAAUGAAAAGUUUAUCAUUUUAAAGGAGGCUUUUUUGGAAGUCGGUUGAUUCAUCUAAAGAUAUUUGGAUAUAAAUCCAGACAACAUAUUCACUCUUUUUGUAUCCAAGAUUUAUAAUUGUAGUGUACACUCUGUUUAUCAUGGCAAUGAUGAAUCUUCACUCUGGAGUUACAGUCAAGAAUUUAGAAAAUGCCCAGAAAACACACAUUAAAAAAGAUUUCGAUAUGCCGCACUAUGCAUUCAAGAUUUAGUUAGCAUGGAUACAAUCAUAUCAUCGUAAGUCAGUUGUAAGUUCUCAAGGAUCAUUUUAAUGCCUUAAAACAACAAACAUGAAGCCAAAUGCAAAUCAUCUGGAUGACACGGUAUCGCUACGUGCCUUACGUUAAAUCUCUUGGACGUUUAAUACCUGCCUUUAUACUUUUAUAACCAAAAGAAUGAUGUCCAUAUGCUCACUAUGUACUACAGUUUUUAUCAACUCUCUCAACAUGAAGACACAGAGCUCUCAUUCACGUACAGUAUAACACUGUCAUAGUGCUCCUACGAUCAGCUUAUUCAACCAGCCACAAUUAUUUAUUUAUUUAAACAUAUCUAUAUCAGUAUAUCUGUAGUAUGUCUGUAUUCACUCAUAGUUUUAUGAGAAGCUCACUCAUUUUCCCACAAACUGAUUUUCUCCAUGCACGUGUUUCUUUGGCUUGAAGUUGUGUUUCUGUAUAUAGUUAAAAAAGUCUUUCUUUCUCUUAUUGUUCAUUUACUACCACUUUAACAUAUUUAGCCUAAUGAGUGUGUACAUGUCACUCUAAGAGCAUUUUAUGACACUUAAGGUUUUUUGUUGUUGUUGUUGUUGUCUGUACAAUUUGUGCACUAGGGAAAGUGUCAUAUUUUGUGUCAAAGUUCUUUUUUUAUUGUCGUUUUGUACACACAUAGUGAUGUAGGUGGUUGUUCUCGAACCCAGAAAAUAUUACAGAAAAACAAAACGAUUUUCUAGUAAAAAUGGGGAUUUACGCUUGUCAUGUGCACUAUGUUUUUGUGGUUAGCAGAUGUUAUUACGUUUUGGGAACUUUCAGAGUUGAACAGUGUUUAAUGUGUGGUUUAAUGUCUUUAUACCAAAGACAUGUUUUUUGUGAAUAUAUAUGCCGUUAAACUGUUUCUGAAAACUGCAUUGUUGAAGUUAAUAAAUGGAACAGAGUGAUUAAUAA